CUGCGGAGGUUUGGGCCUCGGCGGCCUCCGUUCGCAGCGGGCUCGGGGGAAGGCGCGGCGACCGCGGCGGAGCACCGCAACCCUGCAGACCAUGGAGUUCGACUGUGAGGGCGUGAGGCGGCUGCUGGGCAAGUACAAGUUCAGGGAUCUGACUGUAGAAGAGCUGAAGAACCUGAACUCGUUUUUCCCGCACUUCAGAUAUUCCAUGGACACCUACGUUUUCAAAGAUACUUCCCAAAAAGACCUGCUGAAUUUCACUGGUACCAUUCCUGUUAUGUACCAGGGUAAUACAUACAACAUACCUAUUCGCUUCUGGAUUUUGGAUUCUCACCCUUUUGCUCCACCCAUUUGCUUCUUGAAGCCAACUGCAAACAUGGAAAUCUCAGUUGGAAAACAUGUGGAUGCCAAAGGCAGAAUAUACUUGCCCUACCUCCAAAACUGGAGCCAUCCUAAAUCUGUCAUUGUUGGAUUAAUUAAAGAAAUGAUCACCAAGUUUCAAGAGGAACUUCCUCUUUAUUCGGUGCCAUCAUCCAAUGAAGCGCAGCAGGUCGACUUGCUAGCCUAUAUUGCAAAAAUCACGGAAGGUGUCUCAGACAUAAAUUCAAGGGGCUGGACAAAUCAUGAGAAUAAAAUACACAAUAAAAUUACUGUGGUUGGAAGUGGAGAUUUGGGUAUUGCCUGCACAUUGGCAAUUUCAGCAAAGGGCAUUGCCGACAAGCUGAUCCUUUUAGACCUCUCUGAUGGGACUAACCAAGGGACGAUGGACCUUGAUAUCUUCAACCUGCCUAAUGUAGAGAUCAGCAAAGAUUUGUCUGCCUCUGCUCAUUCCAAGGUGGUGAUCUUCACAGCCAACUCUUUGGGUGGUUCCGAGUCCUACCUGCAUGCCGUGCAAAGCAACGUGGACAUGUUCAGAGCUCUUGUCCCAGCUCUGGGACAUUAUAGUCAACAUGCUGUCUUCCUUGUUGCAUCUCAACCAGUGGAAAUCAUGAGCUAUGUGACAUGGAAACUGAGCACAUUUCCUGCAAAUCGAGUGAUUGGGAUUGGAUGCAAUCUGGAUUCACAGAGAUUACAAUACAUUAUUACGAAUGUUUUGAAGGCACAGACUUCAGGCAAAGAAAUAUGGGUUAUUGGUGAACAGGGAGAAAAUAAAGUGUGCUCAUGGAGUGGCCGAGACGGAGUAAUGAGUCAUAGCUCUCAGGCACAGCUGUCCAGCAGAGCCAUGGAACUACUGAGGGUAAAAGGUCAGAGAUCUUGGUCUGUCGGACUGUCUGUGGCUGACCUGGUGGACACUCUUGUAAAUAAUAAAAAGAAAGUGCAUUCUGUAUCAACUCUAGCAAAGGGAUAUUAUGGUUUAGAUAAUGAAGUGUUUUUAAGUUUGCCAUGCAUCCUGGGAACCAGUGGAGUAUCUGAAGUCGUCAAAACCAGAGCAGAAGACACAGUGACUGAGACACUCCAGAACAGUGGGUCCUCAAUCCACGAUCUCCAGAAGCAGCUGAAACUGUGAUUCCCAAGCACAGGCACCUGAAGGGGGAAGCUUGCUUAAUUUUGCCAGCACACAUAGUUUUGGGAACUUACACAACUUCUAUUGGUUCUUACAAACAGCCUUUAUGGUAGAUAGCUUCUUAGCUAGCUUUGUAAUUUGAAGCCUUGAGAAGUUAGAGAAUGGGAAAGGAUCUAAUUUCUUUUGGAGUUUUUGACCUACCUACAGCAGGGAUAAAUAUUCAUUUGCAUUGUGUAUCAUUUUAAAUUGCAUUUGUCCUAACUUAAGGCACGUCUAGCACUUUAGAGAUGUUCUGAAAGAAACUCAUUCCUUAAAGAUUGCUGUGGACGUUUAUUCUAAGCAUGGUGAGCUGAAGGUGGGAUGGGCACAAAUCUGUGGUAGGUGUACAUGCAGAGAUUCGUGGCUUUACCCAUUAAUUCGCUUCUUUUGCAAGAUCCAGUAGAUGGUAAUGGCAAAGCAUUUUAUUUUCCCACUUCAAAUUCACUAGCUACCAAACAUUAGAAAGGAUUUUAGUAUGCAUUUUAAAUUGGUUAAAUGGAAUUUUAAAUAUAUGAAAAAUUAUUUAUUUAUUUAAUUUCCAAUGAGACUUCCUUUCUGAAAAUUUCUAUAAUAAUCUCUUCCUGGGCUAGAAGAUCUUGAAUGUAUCUUAAAACUGUGUUAGUAGAAAAGGAGAGGUGUGUUUUUCUGUGGCCUUAGAUAAUGAAUAGCAGCAAAACAGUAUAUUUUGAAACCAAAAUAUGAAGUUUUCAUAAAAAAAAACCCAUUGGUCUUAAGGGAGAGAGGCUUUGGUCUGCUGCUUCUGAGCAAGCCUUAGUCAUCCCAGAAGAAGUACUUCCGACUGUGCCUGAGUGGUUGGUUAGUCAGUAUCUCCACGUGGGCGAGCCAGCUCAGUGACUGCUGUGACACCGCGCUGGCACAGCUCCUGUAUCGUGAGCUCUUUAUUUGUAGAGUCCUGACACUGACUGGCUGAGGUCGGACUGUUUCUCUUCAUUACAGAGGAGGAAGUUCAACUUUGGUGUCUGAGAUUGCAUGGGUUCUAAGGAGCAUUGCUCACCUGUAUAGCCUCUUACUUUUUAUAGGCAGCAACGAGGGCUGUGGGGAGGCCUAGAGGCCUAAAAGCCAAGCUGUCACAAGACACUAACUAAAGUUGAGGCUUGGGAUACUAUGAAAGAAUUACUUUCAUUUUCAUGUGGGAGCCUUUUUUUUUUUUGUUAAAUGUUGUCCUGACUGUCUUGAAGUUCACUAUUAUAGACCAGGUUGGCCUCAAACUCAUAGAUCUACCUGCCUCUGCCUCCUAAGUGCUGGUAUUAAAGGCAUGCAGCACCACACCCAGCUAUAUUUUUAAAAGUAUUUUUUACAAAGAUUGAUUAGCCUGACCCCCAGAGACUCAACAAAUAACACAGGUGGUAUGUGCUGAAGACAAUGUUUAUUUAUUUAGUUGUUCAGCCAGUGGUUAUUAGAACUUUUCACAAAGGAAACUUUAUUGGAGAACAUGCCCAGAUUAGGGACAAGCCUUGCUGGUACUUACAGAUUAGCAGGGGAACACAAUAACAAAAUAUCAUGUAAAUGCAAGUGUGCUAAGUGCAGUGAAGUCCAGAGUGUUUGGAAUCCGUCUGGUUAGAGAGAGGAGCUCAGUGGUUUGUGAGGUGGAAGGAAGUAAUCUCUUCUCGGUGUGACACUCGGUAGUUAACACUGACAAGUGAGCUUCAGCAUCCACUUUGGAGAAAGUAGAACAGUAAUGUGCUGAGGAAGACUCCCAGCAGAGUUCACUGGAUUAAACCUUGGACAUUCAGGCUAGGAUGUAGCUCAGUGGUAAGGUGCUUGCCCUAUAUGCAGGUUUUAUAGUUUUUGGUCCCAGAACCACAAAACUUGAGGUAGUUGAAGAGAUAAAUAUUAGUUCUUUGUAGAUGAUUUUGGUGUUGCUUUUACUGGUCUUUUGUAUGAAAUAGGAAAGUAAAGUUGAAACAAUCAUUUAUGUGUUUUAAAGUAGUAUUUUCUAAUAGAUGAUAACUAAUUUGGAAUUCAGUAAUUCCUAAAAUAGAAUUUCUUUCUCUUCAUUUUGU